AUGCGCCCGGACCGGCCGCAGCAGCAGGAGCAGCAGCAGCAGCCCCGCAGCCAGCGCCGGGCCGUCGCCGCCGCGGGCAGCGCCGCCCUCUCAGCGCCUGCCGCCGCCGCGGGAGCGGGCGGCAGCAGCAGCAGCGGCGGGAGCUCCGCCAUUAGGGCGGCAGAGGCGGAGCGGGAGGUCUGUCAGCCGCGCCUCGGCGGCUCCCACAGCGUGAGUGAAGCCGGGGCAGGGCGGCGGCGGGGCCCGCCGACCACCGGCCGUCGGGGUGGGUGGGCAGGGAGGGAAGGGAGGAAGGGAAGGGAAGGGCCAGGCCCGGCGGCGGCCGUGGAGGCUGCGCGGGGGGGAAGCGGAGCGCGGCGGUCUGGGGGAGGGCGCCGCUCGGGCUGUUUUGUCAGCCGCCAUCUUGGUGGGCCGAGUAUUUUCGCGGAGGGGAGGGAGGGAGGUGGCUGUUGGGAAGGGCCGGGAGGUGAUGGGCCCGGGCAGGAACCAUCCUCCCGGGGGCGGAGGGGGGAAGGCGGGGAGCGGGGUGGGGGGGGGAAUGCCGGGGCCGGGCAGGAACCAUCGGGCGCGGAGGGGGGCGUGCGCGCUGGAGGCUCCCUGGGCGUGGGCAGGAAGUGUCCGCGCAGGAGCCGCCGAGGGCGGGGCCUGGGGAAGGGGGCGGGGCCUCAGGGCUUGGGGGGCGAGAUGGCGGCGGGGGCCGGGAGGCCUUGGGGGGGGAGCUGA